CAUCCUUGUUUCAGCAAGAUGGGCUGUCAUGGUUUAACCCCAGCCAGAAAAUGAAUGAAGAGCAUCUUUGUACAGCGGUGAGAAGUCUGUAGCUGGAUAAAAAUGAGGAGUUUCCAGUUGAGGCACUCGAUGCUGGUAUGUCUGGAAUCCCUCCACUCCCUCUGCACAGUGAAUGCCAGAGCUCUCAAGGUACACACACAUAUAUAUUCUGUAUCAACAUGCGUUUCUGUACCCUGUGUGGAUGUCUGGUGUCCAGGCAGACAGCAUCGUCAAGAAAAUCGUUCGCACAAUCGGCCAAGAAUGCACUGCCCGGGGACAAACCGUUUCUGAAACCUUGGUGGCGUUCAUGGUGAAAGCUGUUGUUUUAGAUCCAAGAAAUGGCUUUAAUGUGGAUCAAGCCGUUAUAAGAAAAGAUGUGCAAAACCUUAUCCAGCUCUGUGUUACCAGGCUGCUUGACACAACAAACCCAUCCCUCAGCACAAUUAAGAUGCAAGUUUUCUUUGAUAUGAACUAUGCAAACCGAGCUGAAUUACUCAGCGAGCAGCACCGUGUUCUGGAGGGAAAGCUGGCUCCUGCGGUCAGAGACAUCACAGAUAGUCGUCCUCGGGUACAAGAAUUGCAGAGUAUGUACCAAAAAAUCGUGAGCUACGUGCUGCUGAGCUCUGGCCUGGGACCAACAGAUAUUGAGGCUGUCAGGGAAGUAACAGCUGGCCUGCAGAGUGUAUUCCCCCAGAGAGAAAUGAUUACUUUCAUCUCACUCAGUAAGAAGAACAAAGAGCAAGAGCUGAAAAAUCUUGCCAAGCUGGUCACAGGAAUCCGUUUGUACAACAAGGAAUGUGGGAAAGGAGGAAGCAGCAUUGAUGACUUGCCAGCCAUUCUGAAUGAAUCCAUUCCGUCAGCUACACAGACUGUGGAUGAAAGACUUAAUGCUUGCCACGGGCUGGCCCACCAGUACACAGCUCUGCUGGAAUCUGCCCAGGGAGACCCACACAGAUACGCACGGCUUAGUUCUUUUAAAUUAAAAGAAGCACUGUUCAAUGUGAGACAAUACGAGGCCUUCCUUUGCAUCCUUCUGUCUGAUGCAAUUACAAGUGCUGAAGAGGUUGAAAAGAUAAAUGUGCAGUUUGCAGCAACAAUGGAGCAGUUGAAAAAUACGGUGCAGAAUAAGGUUUCCGUAGAUGCCAAAGAAGUUUUUCCUCUCUUUAUUGCACUUUCUAACCUCUGGAGCGGCUUUCAGGAUGAGAUACUGCUCCUGAGCUUCCUCACAAACAUGACUAACAGUCUGCAGCAGUUCUCGGAAAUCCAGUCACGGCUUCUUCCCAAGGAAUUGCUGACAUCUCUUCUGGAAGGAGUGACUGUGAAAAGUGAUGAGGAAAGGAUAAGAGAAACCAUGGGAACCAGAGUGAAUGUUUCUGAUUUCAAGAACCGGGAAUGGCUUUUUCCAGAGACUACUGAUAAUUUUGAUGAGUUGCUGAUCCAGUACCACAGUUUCUGUGCACACGCGAUCGGUGUGAAAGGCCUCACCCUCCCAGGAAAUCCUGCUAUUGGAAUUUUAAAGCACAAGGAGAGAUGUUAUGUUUUCAGUUCCAUAGAAGCUGCAUAUGCCUUUGCUCAAGAUCCAGAUAAGUUCAUUCAACUGAACAUAGAAAAAGCAAAAGAACACGCAGAGCUAAUUCUGCUGCUUGAGCUUUGUCAUCAGUUUGAGUACUUUGCUCCAUUUAAACAGGCCAGAAAUGCAGGCAAACGUUGGAUAAAACCAACCAUGCAAUGUGACAGUGGCACUCAAACUGAUACUCACAUCUUGCCUCCGACUAUUGUGGCAUCCUAUGAGUGGAAUGAAUGGGAACUGAGAAGAAAAGCCAUAAAACUGGCCAAUUUGCGCCGCAAACUGACUCACGCCGUGCAGACUGAUCUCAGCCACAUGAGAAGAGAGAACUCCACCCAAGUCUACCUGCCAAAAGACAGCAGCACCCAGACCAAGUGUGACAACUCGAGCAACGUGCCCAGACCACAGAUGUUCUUGAAAGGUCUCCGAGGAGGAUCUUCACCCACUACUCAUAUGGUCAAAGUAGACUUAACAAGACCAGUAGAUGAAAACUGAGUGAAAGUGAGAAACCUAAAGAUAUAUUGAAUGUAUAUAUAAAAAUCCCUGCGUGUAUCUGAAUUGAGAUAUGAAAGAUCUUACUGUGUCUGUUGAUUCCAGAAGCAGGAAUUUCUUUCAUUUACUUUAUCUGUCGAGGCUGCUGACUGGCAUUAAGUGACAGAAAUUCUGACCCUGAAACAUGCAGAUUUUAAAUGGUGAUUUAGAAUCUUCCCAAAGACUUUAAUUUAAACUGACAUUUAAAUGUGUAGUGUGUGCUCUGGGAUUUUCUUGAGGUUUUAAUACAAUGAUUGUUUGCAGAAA